AUGUUGAGAGUCCUUCGAAACCUUCACCUACAAAAGCUGCAAAGUUUGUUAAAUGGAAAAAGCAAGAUCACACUAAGACACCUCCAAUUGUUGUCAAGAAACCUGUUUCGAAGCCUAUUAUCACUGAAGUCUCUCAACCAACAAUUAAGGUCUUACCUUCGAAGUUUGGAUAUUGAAGAAAUUGAAAAAAGAUGGCACAUCGAUCAUCUCAUUCACCAGAACACACAUACAUUUUCUUCCAAAUUUACAAAGAAACAUCAAGUCACUCGACAAGGUGUUCUUAUUCGGGAAGUUCCAUUACCGGUUUCACCUACUUCGAAGAAACAGUUUGCUGUAAAUAUGUCCAAGAAGAUUUCCAAGAAGAGGCAAAAAUUUAUUAUCGAAGAUUCUCAGGAAGAUAUAGUAGUAUCAAAAUCACCACUCCAUGAGACAAAUAUUUUAUCACCUCAAAAGAAUUCUCAAGUUAAAUCAAAUCUCGAGGAGACUAGAAAUUCUGGUGGCAAUGUGGAAACAUCUAUUGUGGACACAACCACCAAUCUGGGAGAAUCAACGAAGGUUUUAACUCCUGAACAAACUGUUGUCAUGCCACCCGUGGUGUCUAACGAAAAUCCAAAAGAUCAAGGUAAUUCUAUUCUUAUCAUUUCACCAUCUUUCAACACUUCAACUGUUUCCACUACUCCCACUGUUACCCAUUCACAAACAUUUGCUAAUAUUCUCAAUAAACCCAUCACAUCUUUGUUUUCAUCCCAGUCCACUGAUCCACCUAUUACCCGCGAAGAAGAGGAAGAUACGAAUGAUGAUGAUAAUGAGUUUGAUGGUACUCUUUCUAAUAUUGAGUUUGUUCCAAAGGAGGAAAACAUUCCGGAUAAUAUGUUACUUACCGACAAACAAUUUAAAAUCCUCAACAGAAAGCUUAAUUUGAUUUUGUAA